CCCACUUUUCAUACUUUCACUCUUUUUAGUCUCUUUAGAUGGCUCGACCUGUUGCUGCACAUCCACACACCCCCUCAGCUUGCUCUCCGAGAGGUGUGUGCUUCAUUCAUUCACUCAUUCAUACAUAUUGACACUGUUUUCCAAGCAACCUUCAUGCUGAGACCCGCGGAGUUGCAGGAUUUCCAGCGGACGUUCGUGUGUAUAUGUCCAGGGGAGCCGUGUGUGUGUGUGUGUGUGUGUGUGUGUGUGUGUGUGUGUCUGCUUCAGUGGAACUGUAUAGCUGGAUGACAGAGAUAAAGGAGGAAAAGUCACGACUGAAUAAAGCGAAGCUGAGCGUCAUCACAGAAGAUCAGGCCUGCUGGAGGAGAGAUAAGAUAGUGAAGAGACGCAAGAGGAGCGACCCAUCGAGGAGAAAACAGAGAGAGAGAGAGAGAGAGAGAGAGAGAAAGAUGAUGGAUCAUUCGUAUUUGUGGAUCUUGCUCUUGUCUCUUUCUCCCUCCUAUCAGAGUGUGUCUGCACAAGCUGAAGACUGUCGGACAGCCUUGCCGGCGGACAUCGUGUUCUUGGUGGACGAGUCGUGGUCAGUGGGUCCUUCCAGCUUUGGCCAGAUUAAAGAGUUCAUCGCUGAAAUUAUUCGAUCCUUCCAGAGCGGCGUGAUCGGACCGGAAGGCGUCCGCUUCGGAGUCACUUUAUAUGCUGACAUUCCAAGGAUGCGUGUAGCUCUGACGGACUACUCCACCCUGGAAGAGAUAUUAAACGCGGUGGAGGAGCUGCCGUAUGAAGGAGGAAGCAGUCGUACGGGCGUGGCCCUCGAGUUCCUCGUGGAGUCCGUCUUUAGCCCGUCGAUUGUCCGGGAAAACACUCCAAAGAUUGCAGUGCUCAUUACUAACGGCAGAUCAGAUGACGUGAUCGAUGGACCGGUUAAAGCGAUAGCGGAGAGUGGCAUCUCUCUUUUCGCAGUAGGUGUGAGGAAUGCUGAUCCGGAGGAGCUGAGGAGGAUAGUGAGCGAGCCUCAUGAGGAGCACCUGAUGCUCAGCCCUGAUUCGUCCUAUCUAGAGAACCUGCUGCCCAAAAUCUCACGCCGAGUGUGUUUCACCGCCUCCGAACCUCCUCGACCUGUUAAACACACUCGUCCGGUGACAGAGAAGGUGGUCGGCCCCAGGGACCUGCAGGUCAGUGAGUUGAGCUACAACUCUCUGCAGCUCUCCUGGAGUCAGGCCACUGGAGACGUGACAGGUUACAGGCUGCUGAUUGCUCCCGUGUCUCCGAAAGGCCAUCUGCUCCCGAUAAAACCCCGACAGAUUGAUUUGAAGGGAGAUGUGGGAAAUACCAAAGUAACAGGGUUGACCCCGAAGACAGAGUACUCUCUCACCGUCUACGCCGUCUACCCCGGACUUAUCGGAGAAUCCUCCACCGUGAUCACCGAGACGAUUCCUGUGCCGCCAGUAGCGAACUUCCGUGUGAUCGAGGAGGGGCUGUUCUCUUUGCGCUUGGCCUGGACGUCUCCGCUCGGCCACGUGGACACGUACAAAAUCUCCAUCCCGAGACCCGACAGACCCGGGAUGAUCUACGAGCAGACGCUGCAGGGCGACGCCUCCUCUCAUGUGAUUGAUAGCUUGGAGGAGGAUAAGACAUACACAGUCAGCAUCUACGCCAUGUACCCGGAGGGAUCCAGUGAGCCUGUGUCUGUCAUCGGGAGAACACUGAAGCUGUUCCCGGUUCAGCAGCUGUUGGUUGAAAACGCCACUACGGACACGGUGCAGGCUCGCUGGCUCUCGGUGAGAGGAGCAACAGGCUACAGACUCACCUGGGCAUCCUCAGAGGGCCACAUCGAGAGCGUCAACCUUGGAGGGAACUAUAAGUUCUACAUGGUGCAGGGUCUUCAUGCCGGAACCGAGUACACUAUCAGCAUCAACCCUGUGUUUGUGGAUGUAGAAGGACCAGUGACGUCCAGCAAGACCAAGACAUUGGAGAGCAGUGCAGUACAGACUCUGAAGGCCACAGUGGUGAGCACCAACAGCGCUUUGACUUCAUGGAACGCUGUUUCAGGGGCCACAGGGUACAGGUUGGCCUGGGGUCCCACUGCAGAAUUUACUGGAAGAGAUCGACCCAGGCAGCUGGCUCUGAAUAAGAGCAUUACAGAGUAUUUACUGAAAAAUCUGGUCCAUGACACCGAGUAUGUGAUUUCCCUUUACGUCCUGUUUGGCUCUGUGGUGGGACCAGGCAUCACUGCUACUUUCAGGACAUCUCCCCUCGGCUAUGUGUCAAAUUUCAAGGUGAUAUCCUACAGCAGUUCCUCUAUCAAUGUGGAGUGGAGCGCCAUUGUAGGAGCCACUGAGUAUAAACUGACCUGGAGCUCAGAGGGAGCAAGUGCACAAAGCCAAUAUAUGGACCACAGUGUUUUGCAGCACAGCAUCACCGGCCUCCAUCCGAACACGCUGUACACCAUAAGCAUCCAUGCCCUGUACGGGAACAUGGAAGGACCAGAAAUCUCUCUCACACAGCUGACAGCUUCCUCGAUUGACUCGGAGCAGAUCGAGACAGUAAGGGAACUGAAGGUGGUUGAUAUCGGAGUAAACUCUUUCAGCCUGUCCUGGAGGAAAACGCCUGGAGUUACUGACUACAAAAUCAGCUGGACCCCUUUUAAUGGUGGAGAAAAGAAGAGUGCGACAGUUUCCUCCUCCAUCACGUCAUACACCAUCAGCGGACUCCCAGCCAGCUCCGCCUACAAGAUCCAGGUCUCAUCAUUAGUGAGGGAUCGGGAAGGAAGUUCUGCUACGGUCACAGCCCGGACCUUGGACCUGCCUAAAGUGAACGGUUUCAGUGCUCUGAACAUCACUGAUGAUAGCACUGCACUGAACUGGACCAGAGUUACAGGAGCUUCCGGGUAUCUCCUCUCCUGGAGACACAUAUCAGAGCUUAAGAGCACCACUGAAAUACUGGGCCCUGGUUUCACCUCGUUUAAGAUAAAAAACCUGCUAUAUGGAAGAACUUACAUCUUCAACAUUCGGCCCCUCUACGGAGAGGUAGAGGGUCCCGUCACGACCAUUACCAAACGGAUCGUGGGUGCCUCCCACCCCGUUCCUGUCCAGCCUGGUACACCGGGCCUCGUUCCGGCCAGCAAAGAUUUCAGCAUCAACACUACAGCCAUCGAUAACACCAGCAAGACCACCACCACUACUCAGAGUCCUGCUGCAAAGCCCAACCUGACCGUCACUAAAACGUCCAAAUCCGUAACCAUGCUCACCACCACAGCUAGAAACCAAACCACUCUCUCUGCUCAGACCCUUCCAUCUGGACCUGUGUGUGGCAGGGUGAAAGCGGACAUUGUGUUUCUGGUCGAUGAGUCCUGGAGCAUCGGUUCUAAUAACUUUGACAAGCUGAAGGACUUCCUGUUUAGGGUUGUGACUUAUUUCCCUGUCAUUGGGCCACAAGGCACACAGAUAGCUGUGGUUCACUACAGUGAUCAACCCAGGAUCGAGUUCAGCCUGAACACCCAUAGAGAUCGCAGCUCUGUGCUCAAAGCACUUCGGCAGGUUCACUACGGAGGAGGAAACACCAAAACAGGUCGAGGGAUCGGAUAUGUCCUCCGGGAGCUGUUCCGGGAGUCUCUGGGGAUGAGGCAGAACGCUCCUCAUGUGCUGGUCCUGGUGACAGAUGGGAAAGCCCAGGAUGAUGUGGAACCUCCCUCCAGAGUAGCACAUGUUCUAGGUGUGAGUGUGCUGGCCAUUGGUAUCGCAAAUGCUGACAUUCAUGAGCUUAAAAAAAUAGCUUCACCCGCCACCUACAAGAACGUUUUCUACGCAACUGACUUUGAUGAUCUCCCUUCCGUCGAGAGAGAGCUGAUCAGUAGCAUCUGCAGCGAGGCUCUGAUGUCUGAGUUUCAGCACCAUAAAGAGCCUGCCCAACUGGACAUACCAACAAGUGACCCAGUAUCUAUUUCAAAGCCUGAGGGUCCCUGUCCAAUCCAGUGCAAGGGACAAAAAGGAGAAAAGGGGGAUGCUUUUGGACACGGCGGUCUGCGCCCGAAGCUAGACGGUGCUGAUUAUGAUCUGUUCACCUUAAGGAUGAAAGGAGAGAAAGGAGAAAGGGGUCUUCCUGGGACAGAUGGCAUACCUGGGGUACCAGGACGACCAGGUCGAACUGGACCUCCUGGUUCUGCUGGGCUGAGGGGCCCUCCUGGUGUUCCUGGAGAUAUGGGACCACCUGGCAUUACAGGACCAAAAGGUCAGCGAGGGGAGAGAGGAGAACCUGGGUAUGUAAUGGGAAGCAUGGAUGUUGUCCCGGGUCGUAAAGGAGAACCAGGAUCAUCUGGUCCUCAGGGGCCUCCGGGUGUACCAGGGGUCUCAGGACCUCCAGGACUCCCAGGGCAGCCUGGAUCACCUGGCAUUCCCGGCACUUCUAUAAAGGGUGAGACUGGCGAGCCUGGCCUUAAAGGUCCGCGCGGGAAGCCAGGACCCAAAGGAGAAAAGGGGGGAGUUGGAGAUAAUGGUCAAGCAGGUUUACCUGGACCAAUAGGAGUAGAUGGAAAUCCUGGACUUCCUGGACAGAAAGGUGAAAAAGGAGAAAAUGGUGUUGGAAUUCCUGGUGUUCAAGGUCUGCAGGGUUCUCCUGGAGAAAAGGGAAAUAUGGGGCUCCCAGGGCCAGUUGGACCAAAGGGUGAGCAAGGGAUUCAAGGAGUGACAGGACCGAGUGGCUUCAGGGGAAAAAGAGGUUUGAAAGGGGAGCAAGGAGACAAGGGUGUCCGUGGAGAUAUAGGGCCUAUGGGACAUCAGGGAUUAGCAGGCCCGCCUGGAGCUGUUGGACCAAAGGGUGAGGAGGGACAGCGCGGAGCACCAGGAGACCCUGCUAAAGGCAUACUUGGACCUCCUGGGAAAAAGGGCGCACGGGGGGAUAUCGGUCCGGUCGGACCUCCUGGGCUUCAGGGAAUUAAAGGUGUCCAAGGAGACAAAGGUGAAAAGGGCAGUCCUGGCUUUGGGAUUCCUGGACAGCCGGGUCCUAAGGGUGAGACUGGUGAGAGGGGUAAUGUUGGAUUAUCAGGGAAACCUGGACCUAAGGGCAACGAUGGCUUUAAAGGGGAAAAGGGUAACAUGGGUCUCUCAGGAAACCCAGGACCUCCUGGACUAAGAGGUAAAGAUGGUUUGCCUGGCUCAAAAGGAGACCCUGGACUUCAGGGAGAGCCUGGUUCUUCAGGGCCUCCAGGAGAGAAAGGCAUGAGGGGAUCUCUUGGUCUUCCUGGACAACCAGGAGACCCUGGUGAGAAAGGAGACCAUGGGAAAAUCGGGCUCCCGGGUCCCGAAGGUCCGAAAGGAGAGAGAGGCGAGCCAGGGAAACCUGGUCCACCUGGAAAUUAUCAUUUGUCCGUGUCAGACAAUAUCAGAACCAUCAAGGGUGAGCCAGGUGAUCCAGGUGAGCGUGGGCUGCCAGGAGAUACAGGACUACCAGGACCACCAGGUCCACCAGGAAAACCUGGACCUUCAGGAGUUAUGGACUUUGAAGGAGAACCUGGGAGGAAAGGGGAACCGGGAGCUAAAGGAGAGAAAGGAGAUCCUGGGCGAGUUGGAGUUUCCGGCAUGCCUGGUUUACCCGGUGUUCCUGGUAAACCUGGUGUAGACGGUAAGCGUGGACUAGCAGGAAAAGAUGGACAACAAGGACUCAGGGGCAGUGAUGGGAAAAAGGGAGAGAAAGGAGAACCUGGUGUUGGUGGUAAAGACGGGCCAAAGGGAGAUGUAGGUCCUCCAGGUUUGCCCGGUCCUCCUGUUGUAGUGCCCGAGAGUGCCUCAAUAGAUGAUUUGAAAAAGGCAUUUCCGUUACCAACGGGUCUUCCUGGAGCGACGGGUUCUCCUGGCAUGAAGGGAGAAAAAGGAGAUCCAGGAGAAAGGGGGGACAUUGGUUUGCCAGGGAGAGGUGUUGAAAUGAAGGACAUUGAAGCAUUAUUUGAAUCAUUUGGCAUUAAGCUUUCCCUGCUGAAGGCCUUAAUUGAUAGGCUACUCCAGGAUGGUAUGGAGGAACUACUGCAUGAAAUCAGCACCAAGAAAAGAACCAAAGGACAGAGGAUAAACCCCGACUCCAACAUCAUCUCUGAAUACGCUAACUCGGUGAAGUACGAAGUCUCGAGUGAGCCACGGACUGAUGGACUCCUGACCGAAGAAGUGGAUCUAAAUGAAGCCUACCCAGUUUUACUAAAUGAAACAGAAGAUAGUGGAACUCUCUGGAACGCCACCGGGUACAAUAAAACCGAUCUGAUCAGAACAGAGAGCAGGAUUGAAGUAGAAGAAGAAGAAGGAGAGGCUCUGCUCGAAGCCUUCACAGAAGCACCACCUAUUUUCAUUACUCAGAUUAACACCUCUUCAGACACGAUGGGUACAACAAAAGCAGAGGUAAGUAUGGAGGAUGUCCUCCACAGUCAGGAGAACGCAGUGAAGAAGAUGUCCGGGGAGAAGAAGAAGGGCCGAGAGAGAGGAAAGGGUAAAGGGAAUAAAGGACGACAUAAACGACAAAGGAAGCGAUUGGAAGAGCUAGACCCUGAGAAAGAGGAGGAGGAGGUUGAGGAGGAGAUUGAUGAUGAUGAUGAUGGUGAUGAUGGUGAAGAGUAUCAGUAUGAAUACGAGGAUGAGCUCGUUACAGAAGAGACUGUUCUCUCCCAUGGGGAGGAGAAAGAGCAGACGAUCUACACCACCACAGAGCCUUUCCCCUCGAUAUCAGCAGUCACGCAGCAGCCGAGUGAAAGCACGAUAUCCUCAGAGCUCGAUUUACAGGCUACAGAAAAGGGGGUCCUGUCCAGUUCUGAUGCACAUGGAGCGAUGCCUAAAGUGAAGAGGAGCGCCCCCUCACCUGAUUAUGAGCCCUCAAAUAGUGCAAGAAAGAAAAAGAAACAAAAGAAAAAGAAGCCGAAAUACAAGGAGCCAGAAACUGAGGCUGAAAUAUACAAAGAAACAGAUCUUGAAGUUAAAGCAGAAAGAGAAGUGGAGAGGCAGGCUGAAAGAGAGCGAGAGGUGACAGAGUGGGACGUGGAGGAUGAAGAGGAACGAAGGAUAUGGGCCGAACCAGAGCGUGAGCAGAGCUCAGGAGAAAGAGAUGAGGAGAGGAGCAGUGAGAAUGAGAAUGAGGACUGGGACUGGGAUGAAGCGAGAGAGAGAGACAGGAUGGAGAUGGAGAGAGAGAGGAUGGAGCUAGAACGUGAGAGAGAGGAGGAGUCGGAAAGGGAGGCAGCCGCGGCGAGAGAGCGGAAGAGGGAGAGAGAGAUGGAGCGAAAGGAUGUAGUGGAGAGACAGAGGAUGGAGUGGGAGAUGAUGGAGAGGGAGAGGAUGGGGGAGGUGGACAGAGAGGAAGACAUGAGGGCCCAUAUCUCUCAGUAUGAACUUCUGAAGGUAGGACUAUCGAUAUUUAAUGUGAAUCAUUAUUUUCUUCUUAAGGGACCUCCAGGUGAAAAUGGUCUACCAGGACCCAAGGGUGAGAUUGGGGAAAAAGGACAAAAGGGCGAGCCUGGAAUAGGACACCGUGGUCCUGUUGGUCAAGCUGGUCCACCUGGCCAAAAGGGUGAGCCUGGAGAACCAGGACCUCCAGGAGCACAGGGCAUCCAGGGCAUUCUGGGCAACCCUGGGAUACCAGGAACACUGGGUCAAAGAGGUGAGCCAGGACACCCCGGAGAGCCAGGCAAAGAGGGCGACAGAGGAAGGCGAGGAAAAAAUGGAUCACCUGGCUCUCCUGGUGCUCCCGGACCUCCAGGAAAAGAAGGGAUUCCAGGUCCACCAGGAGUGAAAGGCGACAAGGGUGACAGCAUCCCGGGGGAGCCAGGCGACAGGGGCGUGGCUGGACUUCCAGGCCGCAGGGGCGCCAAGGGCACUGUGGGGGUCAGAGGGCCACCGGGACUCAUGGGUCCUAAAGGCUUCACUGGAAUAAAAGGAGAAAAGGGUGAUAAAGGUCUACCAGGCAACCGAGGCGAGAAAGGGAGUCUUCUGUCUAUGCCUGGGCCUCGUGGAUAUAAAGGCAUAAAAGGAGCAGCGGGUGAACAAGGAUCUCCAGGAUUCGAUGGCGAUAAAGGGGAGAAAGGAGAGGAUGGACCUCCAGGGGUGAAGGGUUUGAAGGGAGAAGCUGGGGUCAAAGGAAGUAUGGGGCCCUUUGGAGCACGAGGGCCUGUAGGACAAAAGGGAGAAGCAGGAGAACCAGGCACCAAUGGAGAAGCAGGUCGUCAUGGAGAGAAUGGACUGCCGGGUGAAAAAGGUGACAAGGGAGACAUGGGAGUGCCAGGACAAAAGGGUGAACAGGGAGAGAAAGGAGAGCUUGGAUUACAAGGAGACAAAGGUAACAACGGAGAACAGGGUUUCCGAGGCAUGCCAGGAAGAGUAGGCCUCCCAGGAAUAGACGGGGAACCGGGUAGUAUUGGAGACCCUGGGGCACCGGGCAUUCCUGGACUAAACGGACUCCCGGGACGAAAAGGAGAAAAAGGAGAUGGAGGUCUACAUGGACUUGAUGGUGAACCAGGGAAAAGGGGAGAGAAGGGACCUCCAGGUUUUCCGGGAUUCACAGGUUUUAAAGGAUCUCCAGGUGCACCGGGAACCACUGGAGCUCCUGGCCGACCUGGUCCAGUUGGACCUAAAGGGGAAGUUGGACCUAAGGGAGAAAGAGGAAGGAGAGGCAGAGGGAAGCCUUGUCAGAGAGGUCUCCCGGGAAUUCCUGGACAAAGAGGCUUGGAUGGUGAGACGGGGCUGGAAGGGCGGAAAGGGGAGAAAGGCGAUCCGGGGCUUACCGUAGAGGAGGUGAAGGACCUGGUGACCAAAGAAGUAGUGGAAAAGUGUGGGAUAGAGCAAGCGUACCGUCUUGUGAUGAACACCAAAGAUCCAGAAGGAGAGAGUGUUCUGAAAGAGGACGAGGUAACGGAGGAGUCUCCUCUCGCUCACAUGGAUGAGGAGAGAGAGGAGCAAACCACUGCGUCUCCCGAUGUUUCACACACCGAGCCAAACUUAGUGCAUGACAAUAUCACAGGAGCUGAAACCCAAGAGAGAACGCAGACUCAGAGAGAUCGAAGACAUGCCCUCAAGGUGACAUCAGCAUCUGCCCCAGAGGUCUGUCUUGACCCGAUGUCCGAGGGCCACUGCUCCGAGUACGUGUUACUCUGGUAUUUCCACCUGAGCUCUGGAGUGUGCCGGCCCUUCAUCUACAGCGGCUGUGGAGGAAGCAGAAACCGAUUCAGCACGAAACAUGACUGUCAGACUUACUGCAGCCUGGGGCAGAGAGGUAACACAACCAAUACACAGAAAUAGAGCAAAUAUAGUGUAGUCAGAUUUAUGAAAUAAUUAGUGCAAUAUGUAGGUUUGCUAUGCCUUUGCCUUUUAAAGUGUGUGUGUGUGUGUUGUUUACUCAGAUCCUAGGUCCUGAUGACAGCUGAUGGGGAACAACUCUAGCGGCCAUUUUGCCCAGUGAUUAAUGUUGGUAUUUUGUAUAUUUUGUUACUUUUAUGACUUGUUAGUUAUUUUCUAAGUGCGAUUUUACUGUCCUUCUGUAUAUGAUUCUUUUUUUUUAUCCAUUUGGAAUGGUCUUGAAUGUAUUUAAUUUCACGUCCGCUGAACACUGUACAUCAUAUUUGCAUACUAAGAGCCAUACGUUGUUGCACUGUGAUAUCUGUAUGCAAUUAUUGCCUUUGCUAUGUUUACUAAACGUUUACUGCACCAUUUCAGUACAUUCAUACAUGGUUUAAAUUACACGGUCACUAUGAUCAACACUGUGUGGUCAUUUUGCACUAACUGCUCUGUUUAUUUAAAAUUAUUAAACUUCAUCUAGUUCAUUUUCUAUUUCUAAGGAUAUUAACAAAUGGCUUCAUAGAGGCACUAUUGAGAAAUUAUGCUGCUCACUGUGUGUGUGUGUGUGUGUGUGUGUGUGAGCAUAAAUGCGUGGGUUUAUGUCGUGACCUCUCACACACAUGCUUUCGUACAGUUCUAUGAGCUUCAUCCCGCGUAUAAACGCUGCCAUGUUGGCUUUGCUUCAACUCAAUUUGUUGAGUCGUGUCUGGAGAAAGUCUCCUAGGGCCAGACAGAGAAUCCUCAAAGAACUGGAUGUUUUUACUGUGUGUGUGUGUGUGUACCAAUAGGCUAUGGCUAUCCCAAUUUCUCUCAUUAGUUUCACACACUUCUCUAGCCUGAGGUUCUUCUACGAGGUGUAAGGUGGUAAUUCCCAAUCCCCUCCUUACUUUUAAAAAUCAUUUGUAAUCUAAUAAGAUUUGACCAUGUGUUUUUCCUGUUUCUCUUCAGUACAUUUUGUCCAUGCAGUGUGGGCCAGCACUCCAGAUGAAGGCACAACAGGAAGAACAGAUAAUGUGUUCUAGGGGAUCCCCGGGCUGAAUAUGACCACGAGAGAGAGAGAGAGAGAGAGAGAGAGAGAGAGAGGAACAAAACAUUAGUCAUAUUCCACCAAUUGCAAUGUCAAUAGAUUGUGCACCUAGAAGACGAAUGUAACUCAGCGUAAAAGUUGCCUUUUGUGAUCCAAACAGAAGACACAAUCCUACAUUUUACUAUGACACAUACAGUGGCAGCGGGAAUAAGUAUUGGAUGCGUCAACAUUUUUUUCAGUAAAUAUAUUUCCUAUGAGGCUAUUCACAUGAAAUUUUCACCAGACAUCAGUAUUAACUCAAGAAAUCCAGACAUAUA